AUGAGAGCUGCGGUCCUAUACUAUUCUGGUCCGAACCCAUCUCCUCCGUCCGGACCUUACUUGUUUCACCCAUCUGGAAAGAUCACCAGGGUUUAUCGGCUAUACAGGGACCACAACUUUGCGUUCGAGACGCCCGUGACUGAGGGACUGAAUGGCUCUUACGUGUCCGUGACCGGAGCGGUUGAAACCGACGCCAACGGAGCACUGAGCAUUGCUGUUCCUUCGAGGCUGUACUAUCCACCUCCGUCCAGGGAGAAACCCCUAUCUGGCAAGCGACUAGUAGUCAAGGAUAACUACGAUCUCAAGGGUAUCCGCACCGUUGCCGGUUCGCGCGCCCUUCGCGAGUUGGACGACCCUGCAGGCGAAAACGCACCGAGUUUACAGAAGCUUAUCGACUUGGGCGCAGUUGUCAUCGGAAAACUUGCCCCUUUCAAUCCCCGCGGCGACAACUACCAAAGCCCUGCCUUCUCUUCCUGUGGAACUGGCGCCGGCGUGGCCUCGUACGGUUGGGUCGACUUCGGCACGGCAAGCGACACAGGCGGCUCGAUCCGACUACCAUCAAAAGCCAACGGCCUCUUCGGCCUACGGCCGACAAAUGGAAGUCUUCCACCGAUGCGCAUUCUACCGCAGUCUCCUAUCUUCGAUGUUCCGGGCCUUCUAUCACGUUCGGCUUUGCUUUUGCAAACCGCAUACACAAACUGGUUCCCUAGCAAGCCUUAUGCACAUCUCCCACGUCGAAUCAUUCUGCCAACCGAGUUCUGGCCGACGGAGAACGCGACAUCUAUGCCUGUUUUUGAGUCCUUCCUGUCUCAAUUAUCAACGUAUCUUAACGCCACAAUCGACGAAGUGAGCACCAACAGCUCUUUCAAGUUACACGCGAAUCACUCCGAGGGCAUACAACCCUACCUCCAAUCGGCAUACUCGAACAUAACAAACUUCGACCAAGUAAGACUCUGGUGGCAGCCUUUCAACGCCGCGUAUCAAGCCAAAUUCGGGCGAUCACCUUACAUAGGUCCCGUGCCCGCAUCGCGUAUCGAGCGUGGAGAAACGCUCACCCAAGACCUGUAUGACGAUGCUCUUACCCGAGUGAACACUUAUCGUGAUUGGUUUAGCUCGCAUGUAUUGCCAACUUGCGAGUCUGCCAUUCUCAUGUAUCCUCUCGGCGCCGGCCUGGAAGAAUACCGCGAUAUUUACCCGGAACCACCCAGCGCCGUAUUCGGCGGUAGCUAUCCUGCGACUUUCAUGAGCGUGUUGUCGGGGGCUCCUGACUACGCGGUGCCCAUUGGUGAGCGAACUUAUUAUUCGAGGGUUACGCGGCGCAACGAGACAUUGCCGGUAACGGUGGGCAUCAUGGCGGCCGCUGGAUGUGACAAGAUGUUGGUGGACCUUGUGGCUGGCAUGGCAGAGUUAGGGUUCUUGCCAGGCGAGGUAAAGACGGGGCGAGCGAUAUACUGA